AUGACUUUUGAGCAUGGGGCAGAUGUUGCUGGUCCUUCGACCGGUGAUGACAAGUCUGUCUACAAGACCAAUUCGGAAGAGGUUUUUGUUGGUGGAUCUGGAGACCAUGAUGCUGUGUAUGGUGUUGGUGGUGUUGGUAACACACAUCGUCGACUAAAAGCAAGACACGUCACCUUCAUUGGUUUCGGUGGUGGUAUUGGAACGGGUCUUUUCGUUGGUACUGGAAGUGCUUUGGCUGGUGCUGGACCUUUGGGUCUGUUGUUGGCUUACUCGGUCGUUGGUAUGAUUCUAUGGUGUGUCAUGGAGUCUAUCGGCGAGAUUGCUACUUUGUUCCCCACUGCUGGAUCUUUCCCUCACUUUGCUACUCGCUUUGUUGACCCUGCUCUUGGAUUUACCCUGGCCAUUUCCUAUGGAUACUGCUACACCAUCGCCAUCGCUUCAGAAGUCUCUGCUGCAGCAGUUGUGGUAUCUUACUGGACAGACCUCACACCUGCAGUGGUUAUCACAGUCGGUCUUGCUGCAAUUCUGGCCAUCAACUUGAUGAAUGUUCGCUUCUUUGGUGAAGCUGAGGUCAUCACUGCUUCCAUCAAGAUUUUGUGCUUCUUGGGCUUGGUGAUUGUCUCUAUUGUCAUCACCGCUGGAGGCGCACCUGACCAUGAAUCUAUUGGCUUUAGAUACUGGAGAAAUCCUGGACCAUUCACCGACUACAAUGGCAUCAAGGGAAGCACCGGCCACUUCCUUGCUUUCUUCAGCGCCUUCAUCAACGCCAGUUUCUCCUACAUUGGUGUCGAAACCGUCAUUGUCGCAGCAGCCGAAACCAUGAACCCACACAAAGCCAUUCCUAAGGCUGUUCACCGCGUUACUUACCGUAUCCUCUUCUUCUACGUUCUGGGUACGCUUCUCAUCGGAAUGAUCGUUCCCUCCAACGACCCCCGUCUCGUCUCUGGUUCUGGCAAUGCAAACUCCUCUCCUUGGGUCAUCGCCAUCAAGAACUCUGGAAUCACGGUUUUGCCGAGUAUCGUUAAUGCUUGUAUCCUCGUCUCUGCAUGGUCGGCUGGAAACAGUUACUGCUACAUUGGAUCGCGUAUGCUGGUUGCUCUUGCCGCCGACCGCCAAAUGCCUCAAUUCUUCGCCAAGGUCAACAGACAAGGUGUUCCCUACUGGGCUGUUCUUGCCUCUUUCGCAUUCGGUCCUUUGGCGUAUUUGUCUCUGGGUUCUGGCGGUGCGUCUCAAGCUUUCACCUGGUUGCUUAAUCUGAGCACUGUUGCUGGUUUGCUUGCUUGGAUGACGCUAUGUAUCUGUUACAUCCGCUUCCACCACGCCCUGCGCGCUCAAAACAUCGAUCGCAAUGCUUUGCCCAUGAAAGGGCGCUUGCAACCUUAUGCAGCGUACGUCGGCGCCAUUGGCAGUGGAAUUAUCACGCUCUUCUCUGGCUUCUCGGUCUUCCUCAAGGGCAACUGGAAUACAGGCACCUUCUUUGCCUCUUACAUCGGUAUUGCGAUCUACAUUGUUCCAUACAUUGUUUGGAAGAUUGUCAAGAGGACGCGCAUUCAGCGCGCUUCGGAGAUUGAUCUUUGGAGCGGAAGAUUUGAUCCUAGAGGUGCGGUCAAUGAGAAGGAACCAGUGACCAAGUGGGAGAAAUUCCUAGAUUGGUUGCUGUAA